UUUACCUUCCGCUGCCGACAGGAGUGGCAGAGGAAUGUUCGACUCUUGUCAAAAUGUACUCUCACGGUUCCGAUAGUUUAAUUAAGCAAGCAAGGGAGAUCCAGGAGUCUGAGUUGCAGAAGUUUUACAGCAGACUGGUCAAGCUGCUCCAGGGGAAGGAGCUCGGUCAUGAGACUGUCGACUCCCUGCAGAGGCUGCACCUCAUCCUCUCUGCCACCAAGUACACCAGGACGUUGCCUCCAGAGCUUCAGAAGAGGGUUGUAUCGCUCCUGUCCUCACCUGCAGAGCAGUUUCAGGUACUGAGCUCGGCUGUGCUCAGGGAGACACUGCCCCUCUCUGGUCAGGAAGUGAAUUACAACCAGGAGAACAUCAGUCAACUGAACAGCCAUGCUGCUGCCCUGCUGCUCUCACAGGCUGGAUCAAGGGAUGACCUGUCGUCUCUCUGCGCUCAGCUCCUUCGCAGUCUGGAAAGCCGACAAUCAGAAGGGCCGGCCCACUCGCUCACAUACACUUUGCCCAUCCUCAACACCAUCCUCACACACAACCCAGAGUGCCUCACUGAAGAUCAUGUGACCCUUCUGAGUAAGAAGCUUGUCGAUUGGCUGCGAUAUGCUAGCAUCACUCAAGGAGGUGGUGUUUCCUCAGGAGGAUUCUUCGCAGGACCCAGGUCACGUCAGCCAGCGCCCAUAGCAGAGCUGGAUGGCACGGUGUCAGGGGAUUUCUUCACUGUGCUGUGUGUGGGCCAGGGCUUCACUGACGACCAGUGGAUGAACGUCUAUUCCUUUUCCAUGCUUCGCCACUGGCUUCUCACCUACCACUCUGUAUCCAACGGCAGCACCACAGCUGACGCUGCAAACAGGUUACAGCUCAGCCUCUCUCACUCCUUUUCUAAUGAUGACCGCUCGGAGGUGGACGGGUCAGUGGUUUCUAUGGUUUCCGCAACCUCCUCCUCCAGCCGAUUGCUGCCUCCAAAGGAGCGUCUGAGAGAGAAGGCGUUCCAGUACUGCCAACGCCUCAUCGAGCAGAGCGAUCGCAAGGCAAGCAAACGGACAGAUACAGACCUGCAGAAAGCGUGUCUGGUGGAGGCGGUGUGUAUCCUGGACUGCGUGUGUGUGGAGGACGCCUCGCUGGUAUACCGAGCGUUCCCGUGCAUCAAGGCGCUCUUUGGUCGGCUCAGCUCAGACCUGUCUUUUGCCAGAGUGCUGCUGCCCAUUGCACAGUUCUACCUCAACCAUGGCGAGAUGGCUGCAGUGGAUUGUGAGAGUGUGUGGAAGCUGGUGUUUGGUCGAUUCCCUGCGGAGUUGUUCAACGACCACUUCCUGGCACAUGAGCUUCUACGCUUCCUCCGCCUGAACCUCGAGAACCUGCAGCUCCGGGUCCCACAGUACACCCACUGCUUUCCAAACCUGCUAAAGUUGUUGGCUUGGGACAGCCCUGCGGUGGUGGAUGACUUUGUGGAUCUGCUGCCCUCGCUGGUGACAGCUGGAACUGCAGUGGAGCUUCUCCACACUCUGCUGGACCUGCCCUGUCUCUCUGCCACGCUCGUCUUGCAACUCAGGUCAACUUGCUUGCCCAUCUCUGAGCCAGGUGGGCGUGGCCUCCUGUCUCUUGAUGCAUUUCGUAGCCCCUCUUUCCGAGGGCUUUUCCUCUUCCUGCUUCGAGGGGAAGCCGGCGCAGGUGACACAAUGGACCGACUGAGCACGCUCCACGAGCUGCUUGCAGAGGCUGCUGAUUGGCCGAGAGUUGUUCAGUGUGCCCAGACUGUCCCCGUGCUUUUGCACAUUUUUUUCAACACAGUCAUCACGGUCUCUGAUGAGAAGCUUUUAGCCCACUUGAUUCUGGUGAUGCUGGAGAGAAGCAGCCUCCUCCUCAACAUCCCUAAAUACAUCAAAGAGAUACACAGGGUGUUCAGCUGCCACCUGCUAAAGUUGUGCAAGCUCCAGCCCUCUCUGGUGGUGGACCAGUCUCACGAGCUGCUAGAGUUCGCCGGAGCCACGGCCAACGUCUACAGCAAAGAGGAAAUCUACACGCAUGUGGUGUGGGUGCUGGGAGAGUACCUGUCUGUGUCAUGUGACUCCCGCUGCUCUGUGAGACUCAUCACUUCCUGUUUUGAGGCUUUGGAGGCGGUGCUGUUUGAGAUCACUUCAUCUGCCCCGUCACCUGGAACGGCGUGCCCUGCCCCCAGAGUCAUCGCCACACUAAUGAGCGCUCUGGCUAAGCUGGCAUCACGAUCACAUGACCUCAUACCCAGGGUGUCUCUGUUCCUCUCCAAGCUAAGAACGGUAGCCAGAGGAGGGUCAGUUGCCUGGUGCUCCGAUGAAGAGGACCUUGUUGCCAUAGUAACACGAGGUGAGGAGCUGUGGUCGCUACUAAAGGCCCCCGGUGUGGCCCAGAGCGUCCUGACCCCACCUCCACAUGUCAUGACACCCCAGUGGCACCGCGACACCAACCUGGCCAUGCCACUGCAACUGCGGGCCCUCACCAACCUCACACUCUCACAAUGAUACACACACGCACACACACACACACACACACCGCACUUUAAGAUGUGUAAAGAAAAAUAUUUCACUCAUGAAAUCCUCAUAAUUGUCUUUUGAUUUUUGCACAUUAUUUUUGUAAAUAAAUGAAAUUAUGUGAUUGAAACUUGAUUUGAUGGAGGAUUUUUUGCAUCCACAAAAUACACAGAUCCCUCUCGGUUUAAAGUAGUUUCUCUUCUUUAAUACAGCGAAAAUAAAAUUUUACAAAAUAGAUCAUCUGAUUUUUAAAAAAGGACAG